AUUAAACUUUUUUGGAGUUCUUCUCCCUCUUUCUAAUUCCCAUUUUUGUUUUUCCUAGAGUCGAAUCUAAUUGUCUUGCUCAACAUUUAAGUAAACGAUCGUAAGCUAUAACUCUUUUGUCUCCUUUUCCAGUUUUUGUUUUUUUUACAUCAACCCAUUUUUUCUAGGGUUUUUGUUGUUGAAAAGUUUUUCGAUCACACAUCAUCUCUUCUCAUUUUUUGUUUUUGGAUCUGAGGAUAUAAAAUGGUUGAAAUCUUAUUUCUUCUAUCUUUUUUGGUGGAACUACAAAGUAAUUGCUUUCAUAUGAAUCUUGAGAGCAUAAAAAUGAACGAAGGGGUCAUGAGUUUUAUUUUAUUGCGUUUUAAGAGACCAGUGUCAUGGUUGUCUUUUCUUGCCCCACCACUUCUUCACAUCAUAGGACUUGGGUUCUCGCAAAUCAUCCUAACCUCAGCUGCAUUGUUCUUCUCAUCUUUCUUCUUCCCUCUCUCAAUCCAAAAACCAAACUCCAAGGUUCAAGAUCUUAGUCAACAAGACUACUUAGGAGAGACUGAACUAUCAUCUACGACCACUAAUGAUAUUGUCAAAAAUAAUGACGAAGAUGACGGGACAAUCCCUGAUGAGGAAAGUCUCAUAGAGCUCUCCUUACCAAGCGGCCAUUACAUUGGCCACCACUAUAGUACUAUGAUUGGUAAACAAGAUCAAAAGAUCAUGUACAACAACAUCCCAGAUUUCAGGCUUAUCCAAUUAUCAGCCGAGUAUGAAGACGAUAAUCUCAUCGAAAUCGACAUUUCCAUCGGAUCGAUCAAGUGUUCAAGGUUCCAGAUCAAAGCCUGAUACAUCUUUCUAUUUCUUACAUCACUAUGAAGCGUUUAAAAUUAAUAUCGAAUGUAAAGUAAUAUUUGAGGUUAUUUUUGCACGUGGU